CCGUAUUACUCACUACUCACCUCAUGAGAGAAAUCCUUCAUAACCAUCCAUCGCCACGUCUUAAAACUCUAACCAUUCCCCAGUCAGACUUCAACUUCAUUCAACCUUAACAUCCUACCCACCCACAACCGACCCGAACAAAAUGUCCACUCCCACCCCCGUCAUCCUCUGCGGCGCCAUGCGCGAAGUCGCAGCCCUAAUCCGAACCCUCCUCCUCCCGGAAUACAACGUCGUCUACGCCGGCCACAAUCUCUCCGCCGCGGAGCGCGAAGUCCCCCUAAUCCUCUCUGGAUCUCCACCUCCCCCAUCAAAACUGCACACUCAAAUCGGAUCCAACGACUUCACCGAUCCACCCCGUGCUGUGAUCACCGGUGGGGGAUACAACGAGGAAAGAUUCCAAGCGCUAUAUCAGGCCUGCACAGCAGCUAAGAAUGGCGUUCCUCCCGUACCGUUCUUCAGAACGGAUAAUGGACUUACGGAUCGAUUGGCUGCGACGGGAGAGGGGCCGGCGCAUGCGUCGGCUGAGUAUCCGGCUGCGGUUACGCGGAGGUUGAAGGAAAAGUUGAGGGAGGCUGGGGUUGGGGAGGGGGAGGGGAGAGGGGGGUGUUUUGGUUUUGAGGGUGGAGGAGUAUGUAUAUAG